GCUGCCAAACCAAAAUAAUAAUCAAUGGCACCUCUCCUCCUCUUGCCCAUCCUCUUGCUACUGUCCUCACCAUAUGUGCAAGCUCAACAGAUCAUCACCUUGGGCUCCUCCUUAACGCCCCAAGGGCCAAACAGCUUUUGGCUCUCCCCGUCCGGCGACUUCGCGUUUGGCUUCCGGCCCAUCGAGGGCAACACCUCCUCCUACUUGCUCGCAGUCUGGUUCAACAAGAUCAGCGACAAGACAGUGGCUUGGUAUGCCAAGACCACUGAUCCAGAUCCAGCACUGGCACAAGUUUCAUCCAGUUCAUGCCUCCGGCUCACCUCCAAUGGAGCACUCUCGCUCCAGGAUCCUAUUGGCACAGAGGUAUGGAGUCCAGAAGUUGUGGGUGCAGCCUACGCUGCUGUUCUUGAUACUGGAAACUUCGUACUGGCUGCUGCAGAUGGCUCUACCAAGUGGGGGACCUUCGAUAACCCAGCAGAUACCAUCCUGCCCAGUCAGGUUCUCACACCGGGAACGAAGCUCCACAGCCGGAUCAUCGCCACAGACCACUCCAAUGGCCAGUUCAUCCUUAACCUGCAAAAUAAUGGUCUUUUCUUUUAUUCUGUUGCUGUGCCAUCCGGUCAUCAACAUGAACUUAAUUGGUCCAUGCCUGGGAACACCACAAAUUUGGUGUUCAGUGCGACUGGAGUGCUAUACAUCACCUGGGAUGAUGGAAGGCAAACAAAAAUCACAUCAGGGGCAAUCAGCUCCAUGGCGGACUACUACCAUCGUGCCACACUUGAUUCAGAUGGGGUUUUCCGGCAAUAUCUGUAUCCCAAGAAGUUCAGCAACCUGUACAAUCAGGCAUGGUCAGUACUGGACUUCAAAGCCCCAAAUAUCUAUAUCCCAAGAAGGUUAGCAGCAGAGACAAAUUCUGGCAGCGGAACAUGCGGCUUCAACAGUUAUAACAAUUUGGCUGUCACAAACAGCCAAACCACCUGCGUGUGCCUACCACAGUACUCAUUUAUUGAUCAGCAGAGUAAAGAUAAAGGCUGCAAACCAGACUUCCAGCCACCAAGUUGUGACUUGGAUGAAGCAGGUGCCACAAAGCUGUAUACCUUGAAAAUGAUGAGUCAUGUGGAUUGGCCUGGAGGUGACUACCAGCAACUUUCCAACAUAUCUAAGAGCCUGUGCCAGCAGCUCUGCCUGACAGAUUGUUUCUGUUAUGUUGCUGUAUUUCGUGAUAGUGACAAUACAUGUUGGACGAAGAAGAUGCCUUUGACAAAUGGUGUUGUAGGGGAUAGUGUGCAGAGGACAGUUUUCAUCAAGGUACCAACGAACAAUAGUCCACAAUCUGAACUUCUUGGUUCCAACAAAUGGAAGAAACACAAGAAGUACUGGAUCCUUGGAAGUUCAUUGUUCCUAGGAAGCUCUGUGUUGGUGAACAUUCUCCUGAUCUCUAUUAUACUUUUUGGUACCUACUGUACCAUCACCAAAAAUGAAGUCCUAUCUCUGCAGUCACCAAACAACAUAGGAUUGCCCCUGAAAGCCUUCACUUAUGUUGAGCUGGAGAAGGCAACCAACGGUUUCCAGGAGAUACUUGGCACUGGUGCCUCUGGUAUUGUGUACAAGGGACAGCUACAAGAUGAUCUCGGUACCUACAUUGCUGUCAAGAAAAUUGAUAGGCUUGAGCAUGAAACAGAGAGGGAGUUCACCAUUGAAGUCCAAACUAUUGGUCAGACGCACCACAGGAACUUGGUCAGGUUGCUUGGAUUCUGUAAUGAAGGAAAAGAAAGACUAUUGGUUUACGAAUUUAUGGUCAAUGGCUCACUCAACAGAUUCCUAUUUGGUGAUGUCAGGCUUCAGUGGGACCUUCGAGCUCAGCUCGCUCUCGAGGUGGCAAGAGGGCUGCUAUACUUACAUGAGGAAUGCAGCACACAGAUUAUCCAUUGUGACAUAAAGCCCCAGAACAUCCUUCUCGAUGGCAACCUCACAGCAAAGAUCUCAGACUUUGGCUUAGCCAAACUGCUCCGUACUAAUCAGACACAAACAAACACAGGGAUCCGUGGUACCCGAGGAUAUGUUGCUCCUGAGUGGUUCAAGAGCAUUGGUAUCACUGCCAAGGUGGAUGUUUACAGCUAUGGGGUCAUUCUUUUGGAGCUCAUCUGUUGCCGGCGAAAUGUUGAGUCCGUGGUGGCAGAAGAGGAUCAAAAAAUCCUGACUUACUGGGCAAAUGACUGUUACAGGUGCGGAAGAGUUGAUCUUCUGGUGGAAGGUGAUGAUGAAGCAAUUUUCGAUUUGAAGAAGGUAGAAAGGUAUGUGGUCGUGGCAUUGUGGUGUCUCCAGGAGGACCCAACUAUGAGACCAACAAUGCUGAAGGUGACACAAAUGCUUGAUGGAGCCGUUGCUAUCCCCACUCCUCCUGAUUCUUCUUCAUUUGUCCAAUCGCUUCCAUAGGUCGCUCCUGCACAUUGUAACAUCAAUAUAUGUAAUAUGUAUGAACCAACAUAGAGGUGUAAGAAAUAUGAUAUAGCUAUAUACUGAAUGCUGUUCGUUUUAGGGGAAUAUAUACUGAAUGUUUCUGGUGCUGGUA